AUGACCUGUGUGAAGCCAGAGGAACCAGCUAAGACGGAGUAGCGGGCCAUGAACCCCGUGAAAGAAAAGGGGGAAAAAGGGGAAGAAGAGGAGGAGGAGCAGGAGGAGGAGGAAGAAAUCUCUGCCUCCACACUGCGGGGCAAACCCCGACCCCUACCUAUCUCAGCUAUGCCAGCUUUCAGCUACAUCCCGCAGAGGCGCCAGGAACCCAAGGAACUCAGCUACUUCAACCGCGAGAGCCAGACAGGGGUCAUCUCCCUCUAUGACUGUGUUUUUAAGAGGAGACUAGAUUAUAACCAGGAAUUACAUCGAGAUGACAGAGAACAUGCCAAAAACCUGGGGCUUCAUAUUAAUGAGGAGGAACAGAAAAGGACUGUGCCGGUGCUUAUGUCCUCUGUCUAUGGGAAGCGCAUCAAUCAGCCCAUCGAGCCCCUGAACAGAGGCCAUGGCCGUGUGAACCACGUGCAGGCCGACUUCUACCGGAAGAACGACAUCCCCAGCAUCAAGGUGCCUGGCUUUGGGCACAUCACUCCAGCCUGAAGCAGUCUUGGGGCUUGUAGGGCACUUUGAGGUGUGCUGCCAGGAAUCGAGGCUGUGUAGGAAGGGAGGGCCCUCCAACCUCACUUU